AUGAGUACACCAAUGGACAUUGAUCAACCUUCUGGCUCCAAAUCAAGCGGGAAAGCGAAAGAUACUGGAAGGAAACGUUUUGAAGUAAAGAAGUGGAAUGCCGUUGCAUUGUGGGCAUGGGGUAUAGAAUGUCAAGCAAAUCAAGCCUCCUCAACCAGUGAAGAAUGCACGGUAGCUUGGGGGAUUUGUAAUCAUGCGUUUCAUUUCCACUGUAUUUCUCGUUGGUUAAAGACUCGACAAGUGUGUCCUCUAGAUAAUAGAGAGUGGGAAUUCCAGAAAUAUGGUCGAUAA